CUUGACGCUGUGUUACGCAACUCGUCUCGCUUCAGCUGUAGUCUUCUGCUUGCUGCACCUGUAACUAGCCCUAUACCUGCACGCUUUGUGAGAAGGAUGCAGCUGCUAAACCGUCAGGCGGGUCGCCAGACAGCGCGCAAUGCAGCGGCGAGCAAGCGGGCCGCUCGCGCCCCCGCCCGCGCGAGCCGGAGCGCCGCUGUGCAUGUCCGCGCCGUGGCUGCGCCGGUAGCGCCGACCACCACCACCACCGGCGACGACAUGCCGUACCGCAUGAGCGAUGUGGUCAUGUGGAGUGAGAGCAAGCGCAUCCAGACUCAGGUGCUGCCUGUUGCCGAGGACACCAUCACCAUCCGCUCCCUGGACUGGGACCGCGACCGCUUCGACAUUGAGUUCGGCCUGGAGAACGGCACCACCUACAACGCCUACCUCAUCUACGGCGCUGACAAGACGGCCCUGGUGGACGCCUCCCACGAGAAAUUCCACAACCUGUUCUUGGAGGCGCUGCAGAAGGAGCUCCAGGCCGCGGGCCGCAGCCUGGACUACGUGUUCGUAUCGCACACGGAGCCGGACCACUCCGGACUCAUCCCCGCAGUGCUGGACCUGUACCCGGAGGCCACCGUGUGCGGCAGCAAGGUGUGCAUCAGCUUCCUGCAGAACCUGACCCACCGCCCCUUCAAGAGCCAGGCCGUCAAGGGCGGCGACAAGGUGGACCUGGGCGGCGGCCACGUGGUGGAGUUUGUGAUGGCGCCCAACCUGCACUGGCCCGACACCAUGUUCAGCUUCGACCACGCCACCGGCGUCAUGUUCACCUGCGACGCAUUCGGCAUGCACUACUGCAGCGAGCAGCCCUUUGACGCCGACGUCAAGGUGCUCAUGCCGCACUACCGCUUCUACUACGACUGCCUCAUGAAGCCCAACGCCAAGUCGGUGACCACGGCGCUGCGCAAGGUGAAGGACCUGCCCUACACCAUGAUCGCCAACGGACACGGACCCAUCCUGCGCUACAACGUGUCGGAGCUGGUUGGCGACUACGGCCGCUGGUCCGCCGCGCUGACCAAGGGCGCCACCUCCGUGGCGGUGCUGUACGCCUCCGACUACGGCUUCAGCGACCGCCUCAGCCAGACGCUGGCCAAGGGCAUCACCAAGGCGGGUGUGGCCACCGAGAUGUUGGACCUGCUGAGCGCCGACCCCCAGGAGAUUGUGGCGGCCGUGGGUCGCAGCAGCGGCAUUGUGCUGAUGAGCCCGCCGCGCGACAACGCCGACGCGCGCACCUCGCUGGCGGCCGUGUCAUCCGCCAUCAAGGCCAAGACCAAGGUGGUGAUCGCGGAGAGCUACGGCGGGCGCGACGAGCCGGUGGACGUGCUGGCGGCUCAGCUGCAGGAUGUGGGCGCGGAGCUGCUGGCGCCGCCGCUGCGGCUCAAGGACCUGCCCGCGCAGGCCACCUACCAGCUGUUCGAGGAGGAGGGCACGGACCUGGCCCAGGCGCUGACGGCCAAGGAGUCCAUUGCGCGCAAGAAGGCCGCCAUGUCGGGCGAGGUGGCCAAGGCGCUGGCCCGCCUCAGCAGCGGGCUGUACGUGGUCACGGCGCAGCACAACAACGCCCGCUCCGCCAUGAUCGCCAGCUGGGUGUCGCAGGCCUCCUUCGAGCCGCUGGGUCUGACCAUUGCGGUGGCCAAGGACCGCGCCAUCGAGUCCUUGAUGCAGGUGGGCGACUCGUUCGUGCUCAACUGCCUGGGUGAGGACAACUACGCCCCAGUCAUGAAGCACUUCCUGCAGCGCUUCGCGCCCGGCGCGGACCGCUUCGAGGGCGUGGACUGGAGCCCCGCGCCCACCACCAACUGCCCGGUGCUGUCGGAUGCCAUCGCCUACAUGGAGUGCCGCGUGGCGUCGCGCCUGGAGACGCCCGACCACUGGGUCACCUACUGCGAGGUGAUCAACGGCAGCGUGACCAACACCGGCGCCCGCACCGCCGUCCACCGCCGCAAGGUCGCCAACUACUACUAAAGCACAGCCGUCCACCGCCACUUCCUGACAGUCGUCAACGACCUCAAAUCAGCUGAGUUGGUGGGGCAUGAGCGUGUGCUUUGAGGCACAGCCGCGGCUUGGUGCUGCCGCGUGGUUUUGGGUUCCCGGAAAAGCGCGGGGACUGUGCGUGUGUGGGCUGCUUUUAUGAGCGGGCAGCAGCAGCACAACCCGCGGCAUCUUUGGGAAGGGCAGGCUCUGGCAGAUACGCAAUGCGCCGAGCUGCCCAAAUAUUUUGUUUUGCAUGCGAGGGAGUGGACAGGCAAAUAUGAGUGGUUGAGGUAUGCGGUGACGCCCCGCCAGACGGGGCGCCCGCCCCGGGAGCAUGCGAUGGCGAUUUUGCUACAAGCUUUGCUUGGAUGCUUUUUGCCCGAGGGUACGUGGCGUGGAGAGGCGACCUGCAUGGAGUCGGCGCACCUCGAAUGUUGGACCAGCAAGGGGCCCGAGCUGAAGCAUCGCCAUCAGUACCGAUGUGAGAGGUGUGAGUUUAUUGCGGGCAACGAUGCAGGCAGGUUGGAAGAUUGCAGCAGCCGUAUGCGACGAUCAGUUUCUGUGUGUGUAUUUGUCGACUACCGGUACACUGGAUAGCGAUGCAAGCGCGUGAGCUCAAAAGAUAACAACAGUGUACUGAGCUAAGCUGAGUGGUGUGUUUGGCGUGUGUGUGCUCGCCGUUGUUGAGAUGCAUUUGGUACGGUAGCGAAGUGUUUGCUAGUGAAUGCGAAUGCAGGACGCCGUCGACGGUAAUCUCACACGAAUUGUCACCAUGGAAUCAAUACAUCUCCACGGAAAUAAGAAUAAGCGAAGAGUGAGUAAGCAGCUUUGCCCGUUUGCCUUAUUGCACCUGCUUUUGUUCGACGUGUUGCGUUUGUACCGGUCACGAGGGCGGCAUGAAUGGCACCGCCCUGCGUGUGUGCACAGUGCUUCAUUGGCAAGCGGCGCGGACGUGAGCUGCCCUGUAAGUUGCACAUCAG